AUGGAGUUCCUGGAGACUGAUCACAAACGAUUACCUGAAGCCAAGAAAUGCCUUCAUCAGCUAAUCGAUCCCAACCCAGGGCUCCCUCUCGUUGUAUUUGCCAACAAACAGGAUCUUGAAGCAGCCUAUCGCAUUACAGAUAUCCACGACGCGUUGGCUCUAUCUGAAGUGGGGAACGACAGGAAGCUGUUCUUGUUUGGAACUCAGGUGACUAAGAAUGGCUCAGAGAUACCCUCCACCAUGCAAGAUGCCAAAGACCUGAUUACACACCUGGCCAUAAAUAUGUAACA